AUGGCAUCCAGUUAUCUUGCAUGGGAAAUUAGGAGAAAUGUGGAACAGAACUGUGGAUAUUUUGAGUUUGCCGGAACAGAGGAGAGAAAAACAGCGAUGACAGUCGUAAGAGUGGCCUUAUGCUUUCUGAUGAUUCAAAGCAUCUUUAAAGAUAUAACAGUGAAGGCAGACACAGUGGAUGUUUGUGCCUCUUGCCAUCAAAACGCUACCUGUAAUGAUAAAACUGAUGGAUCUGGGGGGAAAGUGUGCAACUGCAUGUAUGGAUUUGUUGGCAACGGGAGGACCUACUGCCAAGAUAAAGAUGAGUGUCAGCUGGGUAAAAUCUGUGGCGAUCACACCAAGUGUCAAAACACGUACGGCAGCUAUUACUGCACCUGUCUCGCAGGCUACAGCCCAUCCAAUCACAUGAACACAUUCAUACCCAAUGAUGGAACGUACUGCCAUGAUAUAGAUGAGUGUGGCGUGCAGGGGGGCUGUGGUGAAGGAGGUCUCUGUCACAACACAGAGGGAGAUUUCACCUGUUCCUGUCAGACAGGUUACACAGUCCAGUAUGGGUCAGAGCCCUUUAAUCCAUACCGGGAUGCGGCUUACUGCAAGGUAAUAGACUGUGGAUCUCCUCCAUCAGUCCUCCACGCUGCGCAGCUCUCCCCCACGAUCACACACUACAACAGUGAACUCCAGUACGGCUGCAGGGAGGGAUUUCAGUGGAAGAGAGGACAGAAUUCCUCAGUCUGUGGUCUGGAUGGAAAAUGGCAUGGACCCAGUCUGGUCUGUGAAGAAGUGGACUGUGGGGAGCCUCAUGUUUUUCCUCAGUCAAAAACGGUUUGGAAUAACAUCUCACGCAUGGGAUCAUUGGCGCUGUAUGUGUGUGACCCACAUUUUUAUAACAGUGGGCGUGAGAAUGUAUCAGUAUGUACUGCUCAUGGGACAUGGAGCCAUCCUGACUUCCAGUGCGAAGAGAUUCAGUGCGGUUCUCCUCCAGUCCUGCCUCACUCAGUGUUAUUCUGGAACGGUGUCAGUAAGCUUGGUUCUGUGGCUCUGUAUAGCUGUGAUGUUGGAUAUCGCAGUUUGGAUACAGGAAAUGUGUCUGUGUGUGAAAGUGAUGGUCAGUGGAGUAACCCAGACUAUUCUUGUGAAGAAGUAGACUGUGGCAUCCCCAUCUCACUACCUCACUCAGUUGUGUUGUGGAAUAACAGCUCCUGUCUGGGCUCUGUGGCCCUUUAUGUGUGUGAAGCUGGAUUUCGUACUGUGGGUGAAGGAAAUGUGUCAUUGUGUAACUCAGACGCAAAGUGGAGCAAAGUUAACAUGAGAUGUGAAGAGAUAAACUGUGGGCCUCCCCCAGAAUUCCCACUAACAGAUAUAAACUGGAACAAAGCAUCUACGCUGGGCAGUGUGGUUCAGUACAACUGUAAAUAUGGACUCAAACAGGAGAGUGGCAAAAACAUGACAACAUGUACAUCAGAUGGAACAUGGGAAAAAGUGUCUGUAACAUGUACAGCACAUUGUGGCUCUGCACCAGAGGUGCCACAUGCAGAGGUAGCAUGGGACAACAGCACUGCAGUGAUCCACCGCUGUGUUAAAGGACACUACAGACACACAGGAAGUGACAUUUCAAUAUGUGACAUCACUGGAAAGUGGCAGAUAGCCACCCUGAAUUGCAAAGAGUUGAAACUGACAGUUAACAAUCUGGUGGUGAUUAAUGAAAGAUGCCUACGCUGGAAUGCAGAGAAUGAGGGUUAUAGGGAGAAAUACACAGUGACAUUUGUUGGAUUGCGAGACUUCGAGCAGCUGUUCAGUGACCGGAGAAAAAAGAUCUUUAGCUCCUCGGCCCUGUGGCCUGUUCUCUGUUUGAAUCUCUUGCCUGCCACAAACUACACCAUAACCAUUACAGCAGAGUCCACACAAGCCACGUCUACAGUUACAGCAAACACUAGCAUACCAGUCCCCCCCACACCAGAAAUCAAAUACAGUGAAGUAGAAGCUUCAUCGCUCACUCUCAAAUUACGGAGAUCGACCAACACACUUGACUCAAUAUGCAUGUUUCAGGUGUUUGUGAUACCAGUCGAGGGUGUGAUGCUGUUUGACUGCAGCUCGUCUGUAAGUCCGCGGUUCCUCGCGCAGCAGAGAUGUGACAGAGGCUACGUCACGGCCCAGAUACAGCUCAGCGGUCUGGCCGCAGAAAUCAACUUCACUGUAGGAGAUCAGCAGCAGUAUGGAGACUUCUUCAACGCACCUCUGGAAAAUGGAAAAGACUAUUAUAUUAUCCUCCGCACUGUGUGUCAGUGGGGAAAGCCUAGAACACAGUCCUGCGUGAUCUGGGCUAAAGCCAGAGGAACAUCCUACAUCAUGAAGAUAUCUGCUCUUGUAACUGUUGGAUCCAUAAGUGCUGUUGGCUCAGUCAUUGUCAUGGGAUACUGGUACAGCUGGUACUGUAAAAAGUCCAGUCCCAGAUUUUUUUCUGCAGCAAUAUAAACCAUCUUAACAUGUUAUACUGAUUCCUUGAAAUAAAGGCGAUGUGUUU